AUGGUAAAGCAGAAUCGGCUGGGUCUCCAAGCUGCUACACCUGGAGACAACGUGGCUGUCCCCAUCACAGCAGUGGUCAGGGGUAGAGGGGAUACCAGGGACAUCCUUGGUGUUAUCAUUAAUAGAGAUUUAGUACAAGCACCUGUCAAAGUGGGCAGUGGGAUUGCUUCAGUCUUAAUUGUCCUGGAAUGUAAUGAAUACACAUUUGACAAAUAUGGCACCGUUUACUACAAUGGAAUUAAAACAGAAAUUAUGCGAGCAGAUGGAUUAUGUGGCACCUUCAAUGGUAACGCCGAUGACGAUUUUCUAUCUAUGCAGAGGGUUGUGGAAAAUACGCAUGUUGCUUUCACUGAUACUUGGAAGACUAUUACUGAUUGUCCAAAUCCAAAUGUGAUUUCUACUUGCUUAAGCAUAGACAGCGAAUUCUACGCCAAAUCGCAAUGUGCCUACUUAAAAGAUGUUUCAUCUGUUUUUGGUGUGUGUCAUCCAGUCGUGGAUGUUGACAAAUACUAUGAAAUGUGCAAGGCUGUUGCCUGUAGCUGUCAGAACAUUGAUGACUGCAUCUGUGCUGCAAUGGGAGCAUAUGCUCAUGAAUGUGCUAAAAAUAAUGUGAUCAUGUACAACUGGAGAAGUAAAAUUUGUGACUGCAUUGAAAAGCUAUUUAUGGACUGUAGUGUUGUUGGCUUAUGUAGGAAAACCUGCCGAACGCUAAAGACACCAUGUCCAACUCCAUGUGUACCUGGUUGCAUCUGUCCCAAUGGUCUUGUCGAAGACAACAAUGGAAACUGCAUUGCCCCUGUAGAAUGCUCUUGUUCGUUUGGUGGUGAAACUUAUCAUUCUGGAAGCACAAUUCGAAGUGAUUGCAAUAACUGCACAUGCCAGGGUGGAUCAUGGCAAUGCACUGAAAAUCCAUGCCCGAAGACCUGUCUUGUUUUUGGAGAUGGGCAUUAUAGAACCUUUGAUGGGAAAAGAUACAACUAUGAUGGCAACUGUGAAUAUAUUUUUGUUGAAGAUGAGUGCAACCAAAAAGAAGGUACAUUCCAAAUACUGAUAGAGAGUGUUCCAUGCUGUGAAAAUGGAGUGACAUGUUCAAGAAACAUCAGAAUUAUAAUUGAGGGUAAAGAAUUAAUAAUGCUGAAUGGAAAUACAAUAAUUGAGAAGUUUCCAAAUCAAACCCACUGCUCAGAGCAUUCCUAUUCACUUCACUCUGUUGGGCUCUAUAUAACUCUUACAUUUUCGAAUGGAAUUACUAUGAUAUGGGAUAAACGUACAAGACUUUCAGUCACACUGGAUCCAAAAUGGAAUAACAAAAUAUGCGGUCUCUGUGGAAAUUCCAAUGGUAACGUUGAAGAUGAUCUAACUACAAAAGAGAACUCCUUGGUAACCAGCAGCAUUGAACAUGGAAAUACUUGGAAGUCUAUGCUGUCAUGCUCCAAUGUGUUAAAUGACACAUUUCCUUGUGACAGAAAUCCAUAUUGUUUAGCAUGGGCACAAAAGAAAUGUGCCCUUCUAAAAGGUUCAGUGUUUGAACCCUGCCAUUCAAAGGUCGACUUAAUGCCCUAUUAUGACGCUUGUGUCCAAGAGGCUUGUGCCUGUGACAUGGAAGGAAAAUACCUUGGUUUCUGUACCGCUGUAGCAGUAUAUGCAGAAGCCUGUAAUAAAGAAGGUGCUUGCAUUCAUUGGAGAACACCGGAAAUAUGUCCUGUAUUUUGUGACUAUUAUAAUGAUCCUGAUGAAUGCAGCUGGCACUAUAAACCAUGUGGGACUAUAACGUCAAAAACAUGCAGCGACCAUUACAUCGGCAAGAAGUUCUCUGCAAUACUCGAAGGUUGCUAUGCAAAAUGCCCAGAGAAUGCUCCUUAUUUGGAUGAAAACAUAAUGAAGUGUGUUAAUUUAUCUGACUGUUCUUGUUAUUACAAUGGACAAAUACUGCAACCAGGUGAAACAACAAAGAAUGAUUGUGAAGAAUGCAUUUGCACGAAUGGAAAGCCUGAAUGUGGAGAAAGAAUAAUUAACGCCCCAACGACGAGCACAGCAGGAUCAACAAGAACUCCGUCAACAACUGUUACCCAGUCAAGCGGAACAACAAAAACAAGCGCAACUCCAUUAAUCCAAUCUAUCAUCACUGAAACAACAACUAAUGCCCCAAGGCCAAGUACAGCAGAAACACCGGCUAAUACCUCAACGCCAAGCACAGCAGAAUCAACAACAACUCCGUCAACAACAAUAAGUACAACCACUGUUACCCAUUCAAGCGGAAUAACAAAAACAAGCAGAAUUCCAUUAAUCCAACCUAUCAUCACUGAAACACCGACUAAUGCCUCAACGCUAAGCACAGCAGGAACAACAAAAACAAGCAGAGUUCCAUUAAUCCAACCUAUCAUCACUGAAGAAACACCGACUAAUGCCCCAACGCCAAGCACAGCAGAAUCAACAACAACUCCGUCAACAACAAUAAGUACAACCACUGUUACCCAGUCAAGCGGAACAACAAAAACAAGCAAAAUUCGAUUAUUCCAACCUAUCAUCACUGAAGAAACACCGACUAAUGCCUCAACGCUAAGCACAGCAGAAUCAACAACAACUCCGUCAACAACAAUAAGUACAACCACUGUUACCCAGUCAAGCGGAACAACAAAAACAAGCAAAAUUCGAUUAUUCCAACCUAUCAUCACUGUAGAAACACCGACUAAUGCCUCAACGCCAAGCACAGCAGAAUCAACAACAACUCCCUCAACAACAAUAAGAACAACCACUGUUACCCAGUCAAGCGGAACAACAAAAACAAGCAAAAUUCGAUUAAUCCAACAUAUCAUCACUGAAACACCGACUAUUGCCUCAACGCCAAGCACAGCAGAAUCAAAAACAACUCCGUCAACAACAAUAAGUACAACCACUGUUACCCAGUCAAGCGGAACAACAAAAACAAGCAGAGUUCCACUAAUCCAACCUAUCAUCACUGAAAUACAAACUAUUGCCUCAACGCCAAGCACAGCAGAAUCAACAACAACUCCGUCAACAACAAUAAGUACAACCACUGUUACCCAUUCAAGCGGAACAACAAAAACAAGCAGAGUUCCACUAAUCCAACCUAUCAUCACUGAAACACCGGCUAAUACCUCAACGCCAAGCACAGCAGAAUCAACAACAACUCCGUCAACAACAAUAAGUACAACCACUGUUACCCAGUCAAGCGGAACAACAAAAACAAGCAAAAUUCGAUUAAUCCAACAUAUCAUCACUGAAACACCGGCUAAUACCUCAACGCCAAGCACAGCAGAAUCAACAACAACUCCGUCAACAACAAUAAGUACAACCACUGUUACCCAGUCAAGCGGAACAACAAAAAGAAGCAGAGUUCCAUUAAUCCAACCUAUCAUCACUGAAACACCGACUAUUGCCUCAACGCCAAGCACAGCAGAAUCAACAACAACUCCAUCAACAACAAUAAGUACAACCACUGUUACCCAUUCAAGCGGAACAACAAAAACAAGCAGAGUUCCACUAAUCCAACCUAUCAUCACUGAAUCAACAACAACUCCGUCAACAACAAUAAGUACAACCACUGUUACCCAGUCAAGCGGAACAACAAAAACAAGCAAAAUUCGAUUAAUCCAACAUAUCAUCACUGAAACACCGACUAUUGCCUCAACGCCAAGCACAGCAGAAUCAACAACAACUCCGUCAACAACAAUAAGUACAACCACUGUUACCCAGUCAAGCGGAACAACAAAAACAAGCAAAAUUCGAUUAAUCCAACAUAUCAUCACUGAAGAAACACCGGCUAAUACCUCAACGCCAAGCACAGCAGAAUCAACAACAACUCCGUCAACAACAAUAAGUACAACCACUGUUACCCAGUCAAUAGGAACAACAAAAACAAGCAGAGUUCCACUAAUCCAACCUAUCAUCACUGAAUCAACAACAACUCCGUCAACAACAAUAAGUACAACCACUGUUACCCAGUCAAGCGGAACAACAAAAACAAGCAGAGUUCCACUAAUCCAACCUAUCAUCACUGAAACACCGGCUAAUACCUCAACGCCAAGCACAGCAGAAUCAACAACAACUCCAUCAACAACAAUAAGUACAACCACUGUUACCCAUUCAAGCGGAACAACAAAACCAAGCAGAGUUCCACUAAUCCAACCUAUCAUCACUGAAUCAACAACAACUCCGUCAACAACAAUAAGUACAACCACUGUUACCCAGUCAAGCGGAACAACAAAAACAAGCAAAAUUCGAUUAAUCCAACAUAUCAUCACUGAAACACCGACUAUUGCCUCAACGCCAAGCACAGCAGAAUCAACAACAACUCCAUCAACAACAAUAAGUACAACCACUGUUACCCAUUCAAGCGGAACAACAAAAACAAGCAGAGUUCCACUAAUCCAACCUAUCAUCACUGAAACACCGACUAUUGCUUCAACGCUAAGCACAGCAGGACAACCAAUUGCAGCCUUAAUAACCAGUGUGGCAGGGAUGUUUUGUCAUGGUAUAUGGACUGAAUGGAUCAAUACAAAUGUGCCAAGUCUUGCAAAAAAAAAUGAUGAGGAAUUAUUGGAUCCAAUACGUAGCACAAUCUGUAAUUCUUCUACACAUAUUACUAACAUUCAAUGUGAAUCUCUCAAGUUCCCCAAUCUUCCAAUUAGUGAAACAGAGGAUAACGUAACAUGUGAUAUAAAAAAGGGACUUGUUUGUAAUUACAAUGGACGGAAUUCAGAGGAUCACUUGAUGUGCUUGGACUACAGAAUUAGAGUAUGCUGUGAAUCUAGACAAUCAACGGCAGCCACAACCAAAGAUGCUAAUUACAUAAUACAUUCAAGCAAUAGGACUACUAUAAAUACUGCAACUACCCCACCAACUGAAGAAUGUUAUUGUAAUUCAAUACCACGAAGAAAGUGUAAUGAAACAUGGAGAGAAAACUGCACAACUUUUACUUGUGUGAAAGAAGAAACCUAUAACAUCAGCUAUGACUCAUGUGAAGUUUCUGAGAAGCCUGUGUGUCUCAGUGGUCUUGGACCCGUUAGAGUACCAUCUGAAAAUGGAUGCUGUGCGAAAUGGGAGUGUGACUGUGAAUGUCAAGUAUGGGGAGAUCCACAUUAUCGUACAUUUGAUAGACUGCAUUACAACUUUUUUGAAAAUUGUACAUACGUUCUUGUGGAAGAAAUAGUUCCGAAAUACAAUUUUUCGGUUAUACUGGAUAAUUAUUUUUGCUUAAAGCAAGUGCCUAAAUCUUGUCCAAAAACAUUAAUUAUCUACUUCAAAGGAAAUGUCUUGCAUUUUUCAACUGGAAAUAAAAUUACGGUAGCUGUUAAUGGAAUGCCUGUGAAUUUUCCCUACAAUUCACUUGGAUUUAACAUUUCAGAAUUGGUUGGUAGCAUAUAUAUUUCAAUAUCUGAGAUCCGAACAACCAUUACUGGUUUUCAAAAUAACUUUAGAAUCAGAAUCGCGGAAAUUUUUUUCCUGAAUAAUACUCAAGGACAGUGUGGAUCCUGUUCUAGAAAUAGAAAUGAUGAAUGCAUGAGAAGGAAUGGAACAAUUGAGCCUUCUGACUGUUGCCAUAAAACUGCAUAUGAUUGGAAGGUUGAUGACCCCAAUAAACCUUAUUGUAAAUCAGCCCCUACAAAUGUGCCGUGUGUUCCACCUCCACCCCUCCCAGAAUGCAAAUUUGGGAAAACAGUGUGUGAUGUCUUAACAGGAAGUGUACUGGAGAAAUGUAAAGUGGAGAAAGAACUUCAAGAUUAUUUUGAGGCUUGCCAAUAUGACCACUGCAGAAUAAAUUCUACAAAGAUUGACUGUUCCAGUUUGGAAGUUGCUGCCAUGUCAUGUAAAGGAGCUGGGAUAUGUGUAGAUUGGAGAAAAUUUACAAAUGGAUCAUGUGAAUAUGCCUGCCCUAAAGAUUUCAUCUAUAAACCAUGUGAACUGCAUGAUAACAAUUAUUGUAAAAACAAUAUUGUAAUGCCUGGGCAGAUCUUUAGCCCUGCUGUGGAAGGUUGCUUUUGUCCCAAUGGAAUGGUAUUAUCAGAGGAUAAGACACAGUGCGUGACUUCCUGCACCAGAUGUAAAGACAGCUCAGGAAAUUUAAGAUAUGAUGGAGAAGCUUGGGAUCAUCCGAAUGAUACGUGUGUUCACUACAAAUGUAAAGAUGGUACAAUCACAGAAACAAUAAUAAAAUGCUCACACCAACCUGCCUGCUCUGAGUCCAAUAAGAAAUGGGAUACAGUUCAUUGCUGCUUUGAAUGUGAAAAUGAAGAUAACUGCACCAUUGAAUCUCAACAAAUUAUGAUUUCCAAAGAUAAUUGUUCAGCAGAACUUGAAGUGAACAUUUGUCAUGGGUAUUGUAACUCUUUUGCUAAAAUUAGCCUGUACACAAAUGACAUGGAUUACAACUGCCAAUGCUGCCAAGAAAAUGAUGUUACAGUGGAAAUAGCAACACUUCACUGUGUCAAUGGAACUACUACAAAUUAUGAAUAUACUUCCUUGAAGUCAUGCCAGUGCAAUGUCUGUGAAAUUAAGUAGCAAAUGUCUGUUGUAUGCAAGCAAUUAAUUUCUGGAACCUAGGACGAUGAUACUUGAAAGAGUGCAUUCAAUUUUGUCAUUUCUGUCUUAUUCCUAUUAAUCUCAUGUCACUUGAAAGUAAACAGAAAGUCCUUCUAGGCAUACAUUAAUUCUAUAUACUUUUCAAAUUAUUAUGGGGUGGUGGAAUAUUUAUCAUAUUUCUAUUGUAUAUUAGAAAUUGGUCAGCCUUUGUGCAGUUGGAUUAAUCAAUAAAGAUGUUCAGGUAA